GAAGAAAGGGACGAGUAUUACAAAGUAUGUAUCUGCUGGAGAGGCCAAAACUCAUGAACAGGCAAAGCAAAUUUGAUAAAAAAAAAAAUCAAAAAAUUAAGUUCAGUUAAAUAAAAAACUUCCAUGCAAUAUCAAUUCUGUUUAUAACCUUUAACCCUUAAAUAUUAAAGGAAUAUUUUUUCAAAAUACCGUUUCAAAACUAAUCAAAAAAGAACAAAUAAUAAAUACUAUUAAAAAUUCCAUGUUAGGUUCCAGCUACUCCAUUUUGGGGUUUCAAAAUUUUCAAAUUUGAUCAUUAAAAAAAGUGUCCAGAAUGUUUGUUGUUCAUCGUCCUCUAUUCCAUUUGCAAAAACGGGUCUACCAUUUAGGGCCACACAAAUUACAGCCAAACUGCCUUGAAGUUCUUAAGUUUAAAAACUUAAACACUCGAUUUUUUAGCAAAAAAAAUGAGUGCCACAAAACCGGAAAGUCUGGGAAAAAAAAGUUGAGUUUAAAAAACGUUGAUGUAUCUGGAAAACGGGUAUUUAUGAGAGUCGACUUUAACGUUCCAAUGAAGGAGGGUAAAAUAACAAACAAUCAGCGAAUUGUGGCGGCUAUCCCAAGUAUCAAGUAUGCGUUGGAAAAAAAGUGCAAAUCUUUGGUUUUGGCCUCCCAUCUGGGACGUCCAGAUGGAAAGAAGAAUAAAAAGUUCUCACUGGCGCCCGUGGCAAAGGAGCUGGAGAAGGUUUUGGGAAAGUCUGUGAAAUUCUUGGACGACUGCGUUAGUGAUCAGACCCUAGAAGCUGUAAAAAAUCCUCCCGAAGGCAGUGUCUUCUUGUUGGAAAACCUACGGUUUUAUGCAGAAGAAACUGGCAGUAGUAAGGGCGAAAACAAGAAGAAGGUAAAAGCUGAUCCAAAGAAGGUCAAGGAGUUUCGUGAAAAACUGGCUAAAAUGGGGGAAGUUUACGUUAACGAUGCCUUUGGUACUGCCCAUCGGCCCCAUAGCUCUAUGAUGGGCGAAUCUUACAAGUUGAGAGCAUCGGGAUUCCUCAUGGACAAGGAACUGGAAUACUUUGCUAGGGUUCUGGACAACCCGGCGAAACCAUUUCUAGCGAUUUUGGGUGGCGCCAAGAUAGCCGACAAAAUACCUCUGAUUACCAAUCUCCUUAAUAAUGUCCAGUCCAUGAUCAUUGGUGGAGGCAUGGCUUUUACUUUUCUUAAAGUUUAUAAAAGUAUGGAAAUCGGGAAGUCUCUUUUCGACAAAGAUGGAUCCAAAAUGGUAGAAGAUAUCAUCUGCAAGGCGAAGGAAAAGAACGUAAAAAUGAUAUUCCCAGUAGAUAUUGUCAUUGCCAAUAGUAUGGAUAAGCCGAGUGCAGUCGAAACAGUGGAUGUAAGGGAAGGUAUACCUAAUGACAUGAUGGGCUUGGAUGUUGGCAAAAAAUCUAACGAGAUUUUUGCCCAAGCCAUUUGUGAAUCCAAAACUAUUGUGUGGAACGGUCCACCCGGUCUGUUUGAAGAUGACAAAUUCGCCAAGGGCACGAAAUCCAUGUUGGACGCCGUGGUUGAGGCAACAAAAAAGGGGGCGACUACAAUUGUCGGUGGCGGUGACACGGCAACGGCUUGCAAAAAAUUUGGAGGUGCGGAUAAAGUCUCUCAUGUUUCUACUGGGGGAGGAGCAUCGCUAGAAUUGUUGGAAGGAAAGCUCCUCCCUGGAGUGGCCGCACUUUCUGAUGCCUAAAAAGUGCGCAUUGACUUUUUUAUCAAAUAAUGUAUCAUUUUAUACAUAAAUUGAACUUCCUAAGAACUCCAUUUAA